GCAGAAGCACAAGACCUUGACCCCUCACCAGUUCCUGCAGAAGCAGUAGAUCUGUGCACUCCUUAUCUUCAGAGUCGGCUUACCCCAACAUGGCUGGCCAUGCAAACACUAAUAUGAGGAUCAUUCUGGUAGGGAAAACUGGAAAUGGAAAGAGUGCUACAGCAAACACCAUCCUUGGAAGACGCCAGUUUGAGUCUAAGAUUGCUGCCCAUGCUGUUACCAAGACCUGCCAGAGAGCAUCCAGGACAUGGAAGGAGAGAGUCCUUGUUGUGGUCGACACUCCCGGGCUCUUUGACACCCAGGAGGCCAUGUCAACUACAUGUUCAGAAAUCAGCCGCUGUGUCCUCUACUCCUGCCCUGGGCCUCAUGCCAUCAUCCUGGUUCUGCAGCUGGGCCGCUACACUGAGGAAGAGCAGAAAACUGUUGAUUUGAUCAAGGGUAUUUUUGGGGAGGCAGCCAUGAAGUACAUGAUUGUCUUGUUUACUAACAAAGAUGCCCUUGAAGACCAGAGCCUUGACAGCUUUUUAGCUGAAGCAGGUGAAAAGCUAAAUGAUAUCAUCCUGCAGUGUGGGAACCGCUACCUGGCCUUCAAUAACAAAGCAGGUGCGGCUGAGCAAGAAGACCAAGUGCAGCAGCUGGUGGAGCUGAUAGAGAACAUGGUGGACACAAACGGAGGGUCUUACUUUUCUGACCGCAUAUAUCAGGACGUAGACAACAAGCUGAAUCUACAUCUAAGGAAUCUGAUGGAAACUUAUACUCAAGAACUCAUUAAUGAAAUUGAAAGAAUAGAAAAGGAAUAUGCGAAUAUAUUAGAAAAAGAAAAGCAGGCAAAAAUUGAUUCUGCAAGGAGAGAUUAUGAAGAAAAAAUGAGAAAUAUAAAGGAAGCAGCUGAAAAGAAUAUAUUUACAUAUAUUUUUGAAAAGAUAAAAGAAAUAAUUUCAAAUCUUUGGGACAAGUUGAGAUUUUGAUGUAAAUUUUAAUUUUUUUAAUAACUUUUAUUCUUUUAUUGACAGUUGUUCUUUGACAAUUUCAUGAAUGUGUUUAUAUGAUACCUUUUGAUUACAUUCAUGUCUUUUUGUUUUGCUAUCUUUUUUGCUUUGGUAUCCAUAGAAUUUAAUUCGGUCUAUCUAUCAGAGGUUGGUGGGCUCACCAGGAGGAAUACAAUGGCAGACAAUGCUUAUCCCUUUCCCAGAAUCCAUCAGUAGUUUUACCAGCUCAGCAGGAUGGACUAGGUUCCCAUGAGAUCCUCCGCUUUCAUCCAUCAACUAAUUGACAGGACCAUAGCUGCUGUGAGCUCAUGACAGCAAUGACUGUUUCCUGAACAUUAAAGGGUAUGGUAUAAGGGUGCCCUUUAGGGUUGAGCAGUCAGUCAUCACUUAUUUUCAGCACCUUGAGCAGGCAUGAGUCUAUGCAUUCCCUGCUAGUCUCUGCAAAGACGGGUUUCUUUGAUAGAGGGUAGGAAUAGCAUUUGUCUGUAGGUAUAAGUAAAUAGUUAAAGUGCAAUUUAGUGCUAUGUCAAUUUUAGCUAAACACUAGUGAGUCUUCACUGUGGCCUAUG